CGAACGAACUGCGUGCGGAUCAGCAGUGACAGGAAGUUUGGUUCAGGAAGUCAAAGUGGCUGCAGCGGCGAUAACAACUAGCAGUUGGUCGAGCAGCAGCCAGAGACGCAGGAACAUUCAGCCGUAAAACCAUCCACGUCGCCCGGAACGAUGGAAAAGCUUCGCCGUGUGUUAAGCGGCCGAGAGGACAACGAAGAGCUGGGUCUGACCGCGCAGGUCCUCGAUGCCAGCACUCUCAGCUACAGCACCAGGGUGAAAUGGUUCGUCAUAUGCUUCGGCGCAGGCAUCGCGUGCUCGAUACUCGGUACAGCUCUGCUGUUCCUUCCAAAUGGAUUGAAGCUGUUUGCUGUCUUUUACACAAUAGGGAAUAUCUCAGCUCUCGCCAGCACCUGCUUCUUGAUGGGACCGCUAAAACAGUUGAAGCGCAUGUUCGAACCAACAAGGCUGAUCGCCACCAUUGUGAUGCUGCUCUGCCUUGUCUUAACACUUUGUGCAGUAUUUUGGUGGCAUAAAAGGGGACUGGCCAUCCUCUUCUGUAUAAUGCAGUUUUUGGCAAUGACAUGGUAUAGCAUCUCUUACAUUCCAUUUGCCAGGGAUGCGGUGAUGAAAUGCUUCACGACUUGUAUCAGUUAGACACAUUUGUGUGAAGAUUGGGCCCAAUCAGUCUAUUGCAAGAACAGCAAAACUGUAAAUUUUACAGUUGCCUUGUUUUUACACUAUAUCUUUUAUCUUUUUGCUGUGAAUUCUUGCUCAGCUACUUUAACUGAUCUCUUACUAUAAUCAGAUUUUAUUUUUUAUUGCUUUUUAAAUAAGGUAAAUUGGUGCCUUAAUAUAUUUAAAUAUGACUCUGUAUUAUGAAGGUAAAUGAUUUAAGUUGACAGAAACAGGCCUUGUUUUAUUGACCGAACCCACAUCUUUACAUUUUUAACAGUGUAUGAUUCUUUGUUGUUCUGUUUUUUUUUAAUUUUACACAAAGCUUAUUAAAUGAAUUCUUACACAUG